AAACGGACUAAGCUGAGGGCAGGCGGAGAGGAGACUGUCUGCUGGCUGUCUUUUGAAAGGGUUUCGGUUAUUUAAAAUUUGCCGCUGCUCUGGGAAUUAACCAUGAGAAAGAGCGAGGUGCUCGCAGCAGAGUCGGUGUCGUGCCUGAAUAAAGCGCUGUGCCAGCUCAAGGACAUCUGGGAGGAGAUUGGCAUCCCGGAGGACCAGAGACUGCAGAGAACCAAUGUGGUCAAGAACCACAUCAAGAACCUGCUCGACAUGAUGAUUAAAGAGGAAGAGUCUCUGAAAAAGAGACUAAUAAGCAGCAUUCAGAUAUGCAGGACAGAGAUGGAGAAACUCUGCUUGGAGCUCCACUUUCCUAUUUUUGAGGAGGAGGAGGGCGUCAGCAUGCUCCAGCAAGAGAAGAACAUCCGCACGCAGGUGGAGGCCCUGAUGAAGGAGAAGGCCCAGCGGAUGCAGCAGCUGAAGGCUCUGCUGGAGCAGGACCAGGACCUGUGCGACAUCCUGUGCUCCAUGCCCUACGGCAUCGCCCCGGACUCGGUGCCCUCCCCGGAGCAGCUGGAGGACUUCCAGCAGCACAUCGCCAACCAGAACGCAGAGAAGGCCAAGCGCCACGCCGAGUUCACGGAGCUGAAGAAGCAGAUCGUUUUGGUGAUGGAGGAGCUGGAGCACACCCCCGAGACCAGCUUCGAGCGGGACGUGGUCUGCGAGGACGAGGACUCCUUCUGCCUCUCCCGGGACAACCUGGAGGAGCGCAAGGCGGAGAACGAGGCGGCCUGCGAGAGCCAGCGGGAGAAGAUCCAGCAGCUGUGGCAGCGGCUGCAGGUGCCCCAGGAGGAGCGGGCGCCCCUCGACCCGCACAUGGUGGCGUCCAGGAAGAGGAACCUGGACGCGCUACAAGCAGAAGUGCAGCGUCUGGAGGAGCUCAAGCUGUCAAACAUCCGCAGCGUGACGGACGCCAUCCGCUCCGAGAUCGCCGUCCUCUGGGAGAAGUGCUUCCUCGGGGCCGAGCAGCGGCAGGCCUUCACGCCGUAUUUCAGCGAGGAUUUCACCGAGGAGCUGCUGGCCCUGCACGACGCGGAGAUCCAGCGCCUCAGGCAGCACUACCAGGACCACCAGGAGCUGUUCGAUGGCGUCCAGAGAUGGGAGGACAACUGGAGGCUCUUCCUGGAGCUGGAGGCAACGGAUCCAGCCAGGUUCACCAACAGAGGAGGAAACCUCCUAAAAGAGGAGAAACAGAGAUCCGAGCUGCAUAAAAACCUGCCCAAGUUGGAGAAGAAGCUGAAAGGCCAGAUCGAGGCGUGGGAGGGGGAGCAGGGCCGGCAGUUCCUGGUGAACGGCCAGGAGUUCCUGCAGUACGUGGAGGAGCAGUGGGAGCUCCACCGGACCGAGAAGGAGAAGGAGAAGCUGGAGAGGCACCUGAAGAAGAGCAAGCAGACGGAGGAGGACAUGCUGUACGGCACCGCCGUCCGGACGCCCACCAAGCGCCGCUUCCUGGGCUCCACCACCCCCAACAAAUCCCGCCGGAUGUGCAACGCCACCUCCAGCAUGUCCAGCGGCGCCUCCAACAGCACCAUGCGCUCCCUGUACGGCGGCACCGUCUGCCGCUCGCCGCUGCCCCGCCCGCCACUCUCAGCCAACAAGACUCCGGCCGCACGGACGCCGGGCGGCAGCAAACCCCCGCACCCGAGGGCUCUCAGCUCCAACAAGGAGAACGAGGCCCAGCCGAAGGGGACCCCCCUGAGCGGUGCGUUGCAGACCCCCCCUUGUCCACCGCGUAACCACAGCAUUGCCUCUGUUGCCAGCACAUAUUCAGAGUUUGUGCGAGACUUGUCCAAGGCCUCUAACACCAAGGUCCAGCACGGCGUCCUAAACUCCACCAGCACCAACCUCUGA